GGAAAAACUGUAUAAGAUGAACGAUAAAAGUGUUGUAAAAAGAUUUAACUUCUUAAUUAAGUCUGAAAUGCAGAGGUUGAAUGUAAUAUAUAACCAGAAAUUCAUAUCCUGCAAAAACCCUUCUAAUAUAUGGAAACUAUUCAAGGAAAUCACUGGUGGUAAGCAGAUAAACAAUAUUCCAUAUUCUUUUGUUGUAUGUACUCUUAACAAAUCUUUUAUUUACUCUCCCUCAAAUGCCAUGCUUCCCAGCAUCUGUUGUGUUAAUAAUAGCCAUUUUUCAGGUUUUAACACAAAUGAUGUUCAAAAGUGCCUCAAGUCUCUAAACACUUCCCAGAACUUAGGUUCAGAUUAUGUACCUAGUAUUAUCUUUAAAAAAUGUUCUCAUAUUCUGUGUCACCCUCUCACUGAUCUAUUUAACAAAUCUUUUUCCGAUAAUAUUGUGCCUGCCGUUUGGAAGGACAUUAAAGUUGUACCCAUACCUAAAUCAUCCACUAAAGCAUGUGUCAAAUUUAGACUCAUUGCUAUUACCUCUCCUUUUUUGAAAACUAUGGAGAAAUUACUUUUACUUAGUCUUGUACCUUCGCUUAAAUCCUUUAAUGACCCUAAACAAUUCGCCUAUAAGCACAGUAGAAGCACUUUAGAUGCAGUCGCCGUUUUAUAUCAUAACAUUGCUUCCAGUCUACACAAGGGGGCUAAAUUUGUUCGUUUGGCCUUCCUAGACUACAAAUCUGCUAUCGACUCGGUCCCAAGGGACAUCUUAUUAAAUAAACUUGCAGCUAGUCAAACAGAAUGUUGGGCUGUUAACUGAUUACAUUCCUAUUUCUCAGAAAAAAAGCAGUACACCGUAUAUAAAGGAAGUAAUCCACUUAAUUGCCUACUGAAGCUGUUAUCCCUCAAGGCGCUGUCCUUUCUCCUUUUCUUUUUUCUUUCUUCUUGCACGACUUGCCUCACUCUGAUGAAAUAAACUUUGUGAAGUACGCUGAUUAUUUAACAGUUUCAAUGGCUGUUAACUCUCAGCUAGAUUGUACUAAAAUAAAUAGCUUUCUAUCGGGAGUCAGCAAAUGGUCUGAGUCUAACGGUCUUAAACUGAAUCCUUCUAAAUGUCAAACUCUAAAUUCCAGGUUAAAAUGUAAAAGACAGUUAAAAGAAGUCGUUGAUUCUCAUGACAGUUGUAAGAUUGACGACAAUGAUAUAGGAAUCAAAUCACAAAUUAAUUAUCUUGGACUUAUUCUCUCUUCUGAUCUCUCCUGGACUUUCCAUAUCUUAGCGAUCUCCAGUAAAAUAUUCCGCCUGACAUUUUACAUUAGGAAGUUAAGGCACUCGGGUAUAAUUCAAAUCACCCUCUUACAGUUUAUUAACUCUUGCAUCCUACCUAUUCUUCUUUAUUGCUCACCCUUAUUCUUUCCUGGUUUGCUUAAAAAGGACUAUGUCACAAUUCGUAGAAUGCUGAAGACGGUCAGUAGGGUGAGUGGUGUCCCAGUGGACCACAUAGUUAACGUCGUUGUCGAUAGGCACUUGACUUCGUGCAAUAAAUUUGCUAGAGGGAUUUUGUCUGACUUGGAGCAUCCGCUUUACCCUCAGCUUUCACCUUGCAUCUCCACAGAUAGAACAAG